AUGGGUAUGUCUAAACCCACCCAUCUGGAGACAUUGGUCAUAGAUAAGUGUAAAUCGAGAUCCUUUGAGCUUGAUGAAGCUCUGGGUUUUUUCAAUUUCAUGAUUUUAAUGAGAAACUUGCCCUCAAUUGUGGCUUUCAACCAUCUGCUUGGAGCAGUCUCCAAGAUGAAACAAUAUGAUAUCGUUAUUCUACAUUUGCAACUGUUAUUCUACGUUUACAUAAUGAAAGAUGGGAAGGUGAAGCAGCCUGGUCUGGAGUUCUCAACGGUGCAAAGUGAACUGGAUUUUUCAUACAGGCAACACUAUCAAGGUGUUACGAUCUCAGAAGCUUAUGAACGUCUUAUUCUUGACACGUAUGAUCCUUGCCUUUCCUGGAUAAGGGGUGAUCAGCAGCAUUUUGUACGUAGAGACGAGUUAAAGAUACACCCAGUUAUGGUAGAUGUUGGUACUAACAAUCUAAAGCUAAUUGACAACCCACUUUAUUUAGGACUAAGACAACCUAGGUUAGAAGGGGAAAAGUAUCUAUCAAUUAUUGAUGAGUUCAUUGAAGCAGUUUUAACACGUUGGCCUAAGGAUAUUAUACAGGUUUCUUUCUUUCAGAAGUGA